AGAGGCCUGUGUGUUUUCUUCUUCUUAUGCAGCUUGGAGCUGUAAGAGUCAACAGCUUGGCUCCGCCUCGUGAGGACAAACUAAAUCUGCAAUGGCCGGCCGCUCCCUGAGGCGGCUCUUCGGAAACAAUUUCGCGGGUGUCCGGUCUCCGUUUGCCUCUCCUUCCCCAGCGCUAUCGCCAGCCAUGCCUUGCACUGCCGAGGACCCCGUUUCGUCUCCCAGCAAGAGGCUGAAGGCGUCGGGCCCCGAGGAGCCCCUCAAAACACUCCGCUUCGCCAAGCUCUCCGAAAACGCCGUCGCCCCUUCCAGGGGCUCAUCGAAGGCCGCGGGAUACGAUUUAUACAGUGCCUAUGACUAUGAGAUCCCUGCUUCAGGAAAGGCUAUCGUGAAAACAGACAUUCAGAUUGCUCUUCCUACAGGAUGCUAUGGUCGAGUAGCUCCUCGGUCUGGACUAGCUGCAAAACAUUUCAUAGAUGUUGGUGCUGGGGUGAUUGAUGAAGAUUACAGAGGGAAUGUUGGCGUUGUGCUGUUUAACUUCGGAAAGGAAUCCUUUAAAGUCAAAAAGGGGGACAGGAUUGCCCAGUUAAUCUGUGAACGCAUCUACUAUCCUGAACUUGAAGAGGUCGAGCACCAAAGGGAUAUCAGAAACGGCUGACCAAGUAAGUGUAGCUGAAUUGGUUUUGAAGAAUCCAUGGAUGGAACUUGCUUCACUGCCGAUAGCGUUUUACCUUGUCACCAACUUCCAACAGCAGUCCUGAUAUUCAAGAUUCAAAGUAGCUACACUUACAAGAAGCCUGAGAAAGUGGUUGUUGUGAGCGACUGUUUGCGUCCGGUACCUUGCUUGUGUCGGAAUGGGAAUGUUGCUCACGUGUCCGAAUGACUUCGUGACGGACGACUGUACCUGUGCCGUGGAGAACCUUCCUGGGAAAGAAAACAUUCAAGUCUUGCCUAGCUAUCUUUGGCUUUUCCUCAUUUGAUCUUUGCUUGGUGAAUUAAUGCAGCAAAAUUUCAAUUCUCAUUUUCAGGUUGUCUCCUAGCUCACCACUGAGGUAGUCUUUGUCGUGUUUGUCUUCAAGCUGGUUGAGUUCCUUCUUUUUAUAAAGCGGGAUGCUACUGAUCUGUAAUGAGUAGGCUCCAGGCACCGGCUUCUUCUUUGUUAGGUGAAGGAAACUUACGCCUUCUUUCUGAUUAAUCCGAAAGAAGCCGCCCUCGUUCCCGUGGUCUAUUAAAUAUCGGUUGUGGUUGGUCAACGUCGUGAGAGCAGGGAUCAGUUGCAAGAGCCGGUCUUUGUUAUUAAGAUCGGAAAUGUUGAACGAAAGGGUGGCUGGCUUUUCAAUAUCCCAGCUGGCGAGGUUCACAGCCAUCUCUAUCUCAGGCUGAUCCUGCAAAAGAAAAGCAUGGUUCAGUCUCUCUCUUCUUGCUGUUUUAAGAACCCAUAUCCACAAUAUUCCCUAUAAGUAUCCACAGAGUUUCUGCAAAACCUAAGACAUACAGUAGAGUCUCACUUAUCCAACGUUCUGGAUUAUCCAACGCAUUUUUGUAGUCAAUGUUUUCAAUAUAUCGUGAUAUUUUGGUGCUAAAUUCAUAAAUACAGUAAUUACUACAUAGCAUUACUGCAUAUUGAACUACUUUUUCUGUCAAAUUUGUUGUAUAACAUGUUUUGGUGCUUCAUUUGUAAAAUCAUAACCUAAUUUGAUGUUUAAUAGGCUUUUCCUUAAUCUCUCCUUAUUAUCCAAGAUAUUCGCUUAUCCAAGCUUCUGCCGGCCCGUUUAGCUUGGAUAAGUGUAGUAAGGAACGAGGAAGAGUAUCCAAUAAAAAUUGAAACAAUUGCAUGUACUAGAAUCGCUAUUUGUUUGGGACUUGGUUUCCAGAUAAAAAGAAUUAUGUGGGGAAAUAUGUUGCCUCUUUUAGAACAAUCCAAUUGUUUAGCUCAUGGCAAAUUCUUGCCCUUAAAAAAAACUCAAGUAGCUGGACAGUACUAUUUUAAAUGCUAAUUUCUACUACAAUGAACUUUCUUACAAGGCUGGGUGGGCAGCUCUAAGCUUUAGUGCUGACACGACACAGGAAAUGAGCACAUAAGUGAAAACCUAUGAAAGUUGACCCCUCUGAACAGUUGGCAACAACUUCAGAGGAACCCUGCUGAUAAAGGCAGCUGCCACGGCAUCUGAGCCUCAUUUUCGCACACAUACUUCCUCCAACUGUUUUGGAGAGCCACAGCUUAAAGGCAUAUUGGUUUCAUGCAGCAUAAGCUUUCACAGACCGCAGCAAAAUUCUCCGAGCUUCAUGUAUCAGAGGAAGUCGGCUUCUGCCUACAAAUGGUCACACUCCAGUAAGACAUUUAAGUUGCACCUGUAUAAACAUGGAUCUCGAGGUCAUACGAACACCAGAAUUGUGUCAUCUGCACUACAUACUGUAGGGUAAUCCCCGUAUUCAAAUAGUUCAGCUCAUUAUUAUUUUAUAUAUAUAUCUUAGCUUGAUACACUGAAUCAAGUGUCAAAAAUGUUAUUGGCACCAGCAAAUUAAGCCCGAAGUCUCACUAUAAGCAAAGAGUGUGUUGUAUGUUUGACACAUCAGGAGAUGAUGUAACUCACUGGAAUGAUCUACAAUGCUUGGAAAAUGGGAAAACCACAGAAAAAGAGAUAAUCUAGAACUAUAACUCUGGAAACUAGGGUUCAAAUCCCUGCUUCACCUUGCAAAACCACUUUGGCUUUGAGUAAGUUUUACUCUCAACUUCAGAGGAAGAACAAGGCAAAAAAAUUGAACGAAUUUUGCCAAGAAAACCCCGUCUUAGGGUCACUAUAAGUCAGAAACAAUCUGAAGGCACAUAGCAAAGACCUCAAGGAAAAGAAGGCGGUGGGUUGAUUUAACCAUGGGAUUAAGGUGGGUUGAUUUAACCAUGGAAGUCCAGGCCAAGACCUGAACAGGGCAAUUGACAACUGGAGAUCUUGGAGAUCUCUCAUCCGUAGGGUUGCCAUAAGUCAACUUGACAGCCAAUAGCAGCAACAACUCAAAGUGGCAACUCUUCACCAGCUUCUCCCUCUUCCCAAUAUCUCCCAGUGGCGGCCAAAAAUGUGGAGUAGGAGCAUGGAAACCCAAAACACAACGGCAGAACAUCAUUGUGUUCCACACUUCCAUAUCAUUGGAAGAACAUAAUAUGGAGCAUCCAUUUAUUAUGCGGGGUUGUAUGAAGUUUUCAAUUAGUUUCCACCACAAAAUAUGUAUUUUAUGUCAUGUGCCAAAAGGUUAAUAAACAUCUUAAGCAGUAUAAACAAGUAAUAGUAAAGUUACCCUAUAUACUCGAAGAUAAGCCGAGUUUUUCAGCCUUUUUUACGGGCAGACGGAGCCUGGAAGCGACUGCUUGCAAUAAAUGAUAUAUUUCUCCUCCCUUAUCAGUGUGUUUGUUUUUUCAAAGCCUCCCUCACUCUUAAGCAAGGGAAUGUUUUGAAAAGAAAAAUAAGCCCUUGCAAGUCAGGAAGAUAGGGCGGGGUACAAAUUAAGUUUUAUUGUUGUUGUUGUUAAGUUAUUGUUAAUACCAUAUUGUUUUUGUUGAACCUACUUUUCCACUCACAAAGUUAGUUUACUGUUUAUCUUUGAAAUACGGUAAAUAUUCAAACAUAUUUAACUUGCUGGUGCCUCAAUUAAUGUAAUUUUAUUGGUAUCUAUUUUUAUUUUGAAAUGUACCAGUAGCUGCUGCAUUUCCCACCCUUGGCUUAUACUCGAGUCAAUAAGUUUUCCCAGUUUUUUAUGGUAAAAUUAGGUGUCUCGGCUUAUACUCGAGUAUAUACGGUAUCUAUCUCAGAGGUAAAGAAGUGAAGGCUCUUAGGAAAUUAUAAAAUCUUCAGCCAUCCCAAGGAAGUUAAUUAGAAAGUUACCUCUGCAUCAAGUCCAUCGGUUUCAUUUGUGCUUCGCCGUUUUCUUCCCCGCUUAGGAUAGCCAUUGAUUUUACAGUCGUAACAUCCUUCAGGAGAAAGUGAGUUCUCAUCCACUUCACUGCUGGCUGAUAAGUCUUGGCCAUGGCCAUGGCCUUUUCCCAGCCCCAGGCCAGAAACACAAUGCCUGAGGAGUGGAGAAGACAGAAGAAUGUCAGCCAAAGCAUGCUCAAUUCUCAUCCUAAAACAUUAAAUCCAGGUUCAUUACCGUUCCUAUUUAAAUUUUGCAGCCACACCGUCUUUGCACAUAGGUCCACCAAACUAUUGUAUACAGGUUUAGUAAUGAAGUGUGAGUUUUUUCAGUUUACAGAUGCCAUGUUUAGUUGUGUUUUAAAAGGGUCAGUAUUUCAGUUACUCUGCACCCAUAAGUUGGUUGCCAUGGAGAAGUGGGCGGAGCCAACUGUCGUUUCAGUGUAGAAAUGCAGGUUUGAAAAAGCAGCCGUUAGUCUGUGCUCUGCUGAGGUACAGAGAAGACUGAUCUUCAGUGAAGGGCUCAGGGUGGCUCAAAUGUUUGAUUUUGAGUCAGUUUAAAAUAAGUUUGGUGGCUUAUUUUUAGGUAGUCUGUUUCCAGAUAAGGAACAGAUAGUCUGUGAUUGGAAUUCACAGGGUGACUGCAGGUUAAAGCAGUAAAGGAAGAAGUGGUAUUUUAAAGGUUGAAACAUCUCAAUAUAGCUUUGCAACUGUUAAUCUAAGUACCUCUAAAGAUGUUACUGUAACCAUUAAGCUUGUGCCUGAAUAAACGUGUUAUUGUUCUUUUUAA